AAGAGGUCGUAUUCAAGUGAAGGAAGUUCCCGAAUGGUCAGAGUCACAUUGUCAAAGUGUUCGAUUCGAGCCUCUGACAUUCUACCCCGACAAAGUUGUCCACGUGCAAGUUAGCGUCAGUCACGUGAACCAGUCCGACCGAGUGCAUGACGCCGCGGUGGCAUGGGUAGAAAAUGUGAAUGUUAAUGGAUUCUCGUUCUGCGUCAUGGAGUCGGGGAGAAACGAGGGACCCCCACAUGGAGAGGCGACUCUGGAGUGGAUGGCUUAUCAGGGGGCACCAAGCGAAGGUCUGGCAGGGAAGGUGUCAAUUCCAUAUUGGUGGACUGGAACCAAAUGCCAAACAGUUGCUGUGUCUGCGGUAUGUUGCAACAACUUGUUAUCAGGAUGUAUUCGCACUGCUUGUUCCCAGCUUGUUGACAAGUUGCGAACGGCUUGUUGGCAACUUGCUACAAGGUUGUUGAUUCAACAGACUUGUUACAAGCUGUUCGAAUAGCCUGUUAUCGUCCUGAAGUCAACGACUUGUCAACAAGUUGUCAGUAAUAACUUGACUAAAAUAGCAAUAUUAUCAUUGUUAUAACUUGUUGACAAGCUCGCUACGAGAAUGUAGCGAAAACAUGCAUUUUGUCGACAAGAUGCGAGACUUUUACGUGCGUUUAAGAUAGAAAUAAAAUUGAACAUAUCUCUCUCGUUAUUUCUCUCGAUAUAAUCCCAGGCAAGAUUCUCGACCAUACCAACCGUACUGGUGACGGCAGAACAUCACAGAAAGAGUUUGAAACAUGACGCAGCCUCGGUGUGGUUGGAAGACGUCGGACGAACUUCAUUUAAAGUGUGUUUGAGGGAGUUGCAAAAUUUUGAUGGACCUCAUCAAGAUAUUUCAGUUGUAAGCUUUCGUUUUUCCCCAAUUUUAAAUUACUUUAACCAUAGGUUGUUAGAAUGAUGUAGUGCGAAAUGUCAUGUCAGUGGUUGUACAAAUAAAGGUAGUAGUUUAGAGUUCCUCCUGCAUGUAGUAGUAACACUGGAGCAAUAAACUAAGAGAUUAUCUUACUGGACCUCUGGAGAGAACGGUUUGGAACUUGUAAGGCUAUCCAGUAACAGUGCACCAGUAAGGGAUGACCUUUUUUGCUGGAUGUCUACCAAGUGAUAAUUAUUAACUUUCACGAACUUUUUUCAGAACUGGAUGGCAUUUGAAGGACUUGAGUUUCCAGUGUUUACUGAACUUGGUAAAACUGCUUUUGAUCGUUCAACAUCACAUCCUUUGGAAAGCAACAACUAUGCUCAAUGUCGGGUAAGAGAACGUACAGAAUCAAGAACAUUCUUUGGAUCUAAAGAUUGAAAUUUAGCGUAAAUUAUACUGACAUACAACAUGACACUUGAAAGAAACACUUGUAUUGUGUCUGAACUACCUGUAAAACACCAAAAACACUGCCACCAUUUGGCAUGACUGAUUUCAUAACAAGUACUCGUCAGAAACGUCAAAGUGUUUUUACGGCUUACUUUAAGAUUCUACCUGCGGUGGAGACCCCCAUAUUCGAGAUUUUAUGAAGCUCUCAAAUAUUUUGUAUCAUUUCAGGACGUAGCGUUGACUGGGAACUACCCAAGUCCCCCGACAAUCUUGGUGAUGCCCAAACACAGUUCUUCUGGUGGCAAUAUUGAUCCACAACACAAUAGUAUUGCAGCCUGGGUUGAGGUCAGGUUUAUUUUUUUUAUCCAUGUAGAAGAAAAUUUGGUAACUUUGGAAAGUGUCUAUAAGCGAUGCCCCAAAAAGGGAGAACAAUUCAAAACUAAUAGAGCUAUCUAGUAUAAUAGAAAUUGUUUAUUUUAGGUUUCCUCCUGUAGUAACACUGAAUCAAUAGAGACCUUAAGAUUGACGUUUACGGCAAACGUCAAACCGCUAGCGAAGUUUUUGAUUUUACAACUCUAUUAUUAUAGCUUUUACACCAGUUUUGAAAUAUGUUAAACUUAUUAAACUUGUGAUCUUUAGCAAUGAUUUAAGAAAGCAAAUUAACCACUAGUCAUGCCAUUCACCAAAGCAAUAAAUUAAGAUUUGGCGUUUGAAGUUGACGUUUGGCGUAUAAAUUUCAUGCUGGAACUGCUACGAGGGCUUGUAGUCGUUAAAGCAUGAAAUUUAUACGCCAAACGCCAACUUCAAACGCCAAAUCUUAAUUUACUGCUUUGGUGAAUGGCAUGACUAGUGGUUAAUUUGCUUUCUUAAAUCAUUGCUAAAGAGCACAAGUUUAAUAAGUUUAACAUAUUUCAAAACUGGUGUAAAAGCAAUAAUAAUAGAGUUGUAAAAUCAAAAACCUCGCUAGCGGUUUGACGUUUGCCGUAAACGUCAAUCUUAAGGUCUCUAAUAUGGAAUGCCGCUUACUGGACCUCUUGAAAGAACAGUUUAGAACUGUGAUAGAGCUAUCCAGUAAAAUAGAGAUAGUUUAGUUAAGGUUUCCUCCUGUAGUAACACUGUAUUAAUAUGGAACGACCCUUACUGGACCUUUAUAAUUAGAGAGAACAGUUUAGAGGUGAUAGAGCUAUUCAAUAGAAACACACAAAAUAGGGGGGUUUUUUACUCCAUGGUUAAGUUUAGUUUAUACUUUCUAAUUUUAGGACAUAUCAACGUCAGAAUUCAAAGUAUGUUUCAAGGAACUGCACACCAGCAGAGGUUAUGAUGCAGUGACAGUCACUCAUGUCGUUCUACGAGGUAUAUUAAUCCCUAAAGAUAUUCUUACCCUCAUUUUCCUAAAUAUUGUACUGUGUCAUAUCUUAACUGAGGCCUGGCUCACUCUGGGCUUAGCCGGUUCUGGUGUGUUGACGAUGGACUGAUGCAUGCUCUUAAUAUUGGUGAGCAUUAUGUUAGAAAAUUACUUGAUACUCAUCUGAUUAUGGGGUUGUCAGCCAGGGUAUAAGUACUUCAGACUCCCGUUGGUAACCUAACGAUUUCCUAGAGAUUUUUUGAGAUGCCAUAAAACCUUGUCUACCAUGGACUUUAUCUUUGAUGAGAAAAAGCUUACUCCCAGACAAAUAAAUCGCCUUAAUCGCUUAAAGUUUUUCAUGACAUUUUCUUAUAUAACUUCUAUUUAUUAAAAUUGACCUAUUAAUAAGCCAUACUUUACGUUUUCUAAUGCUAGUUAAUUUUACAUGGACAUAAAUAGGUUAAAAUUCCUUGAAGCCAGGAAAUUACAAUACUAGAGCCUUUGUAUUCUUAUUCUAGGCAUAUGCCCAGAAGGGCAAAGUUACUUCAACGGUUUCUGUUACGGAAGAAUAACCUCUUGUCAGUCGUGGAGUAAUGCGUCAAGAACUUGUCUGAAUAAUGGCGGAACACUUGUCGGAAUUGGGAACGCAGAAGAAGACGUGUUUGUCCAGCACUUACAUCAUGGCAGACCAUCGUGGAUUGGACUGAAUGACCGAGCUAACGAAGGGUCUUAUUUGUGGACGAACAGUCAGCCUGUUACAUACACAAAUUGGGAGAAUGGAAUUAGCAAGCCACCGAGUAGCGCUUCUGAAGAUUGUGCGGAGAGCGGAGGACGGAACAACGGAUAUCAUUGGGUUGUGUCAGAUUGUGCGGACUGCAGGAAUUUCACGUGCAAAUCAGGUUACAUUGUUCAUUGUGAUAAGUUAGGUUGACUGUUUGUUGUAGUCUUUGAUAAUGUGCCUUUGGAGAGUGCCUCUAAGAAUCACCGAAUAACUUGCUUUCACGGUUUAUGAUUUGCACUGAUGAAAAUGCAUUCAUUUGGAAUUUUUUUCAGAUUUCAACGAGUGCUCUCACGGGAAGUACACGUGUGCUCAGAUAGGAGGCGUAUGUGUCAACAUACCGGGGUCUUACUCUUGCCGAUGUCAGCGUGGCUACUCUGGGAAUGGCAAAACAUGCACAGGUAAUGUUGUUUUAACGACAACAACAACGGGAACGACGACAACAAAAACGACAACAACAACGACAACGACAACGACCACAAAAAUAGCAGCAACAACAGCAGCAACAACAACAACAACAAUAGCAACAACGACAACAACAGCAACGGGAACGACAACAACAAAAACAACAUACAACAACAACGACCACAAAAAACAACAGCAACAACAGCAGCAGCAACAGCAGCAGCAACAGCAGCAGCAACAACAAAACAACAACAACAACAACAACAAUAGCAACAACAACAACAACAACAACAACAAUAGCAACAACAACAGCAGCAACUACAACAAUAGCAACAACAACAGCAGCAACUACAACAAUAGCAACAAUAACAGCAACAACAGCAACAACAACAACAGCAACAACAACAAUAGCAACAACAACAGCAGCGACUACAACAGCAGCGACUACAACAAUAGCAACAACAACAGCAGCAACUACAACAAUAGCAACAAUAACAGCAACAACAGCAACAACAACAGCAACAACAGCAGCAACCACAAGCUAUCUCAUAAUCUAAUCAUUACCAUAUUUUACUCUUAGAUUUCGACGAGUGUGCUGAUAAAAGUAAAAAACUAAAAUGUCACGCUAAACUAGCAAGAUGCGUCAACACUCCUGGGUCUUACACCUGUCAAUGUAUAACUGGUUACACAGGGAGUGGAGAAAAAUGCUCAGGUUCUCUUAUUAAUUACUUUAUAAUUGGUCAAUAAUAAUUAAUCAAAGGAUUAUUAAUUGAUAUUCUAAAUUACAAUCAGAAGCCUUGGGUGCAACUCCAACAAUGUUUAACCUUAAAAAGUAUUUUUAUUAUGUAUUCUUGUGUCUAUUUCAGAUCUCAAUGAAUGCACAAACAGUCUCCACAAUUGUCAUGAACAUGCUGAUUGUAUAAACAAUGUUGGUUCUUUUUCUUGCACUUGUAAAAGUGGCUACACCGGGAACGGCUUGAUUUGCUAUCGUACGUACAGAAAAAUGUCUAAUUUAUUACACGUUUGAGUCCUUCUAUAUCAACUUGGAUUCUCACUGCUUGUUCCGAACCAGUCGACACGUUGCUACAGCUUACAAUUAGACUUGCUACACUGUUGUUUUAACAACCAGAUACCAGGUUGUGUGUUGUCUAAAUGCUUGUUCACAUCUUGUUGACAAGUUAAAGUCAUGCACCUCCCCUUGGGAAAGUUUCAAAUGAUAGAUCAAAGUGAAAAUUUGACAUUUUUUGGUUGCUUAAGGUCCACACUUCGUAAGAAGAUUUUCCUGUAAAAUUGAAACAGUGAUAGCCAAUCAUCUCUGUGUCAAGUACCCUUUUAAUGCAAUGUUUUGAAAGAAACUUUGUAGUAAUUGUAAUGAAGGGCAAAAUUGGAUGAGUUGUACAGUCAUAAUUCAUUAAUACACUGAUACAUAUGUACACUACAUGCAUACAUCACGUCGUUGACUUUGGCCCGUUCUAAGUCCCAAUUUCCCAUGGGGGUCGUGAGCUAGACCGCUGCACCUCUCCUAAAUUUUUUCCCACCUCCCAACUAUUUCCACCAAAAUCCGGCCUUGCUGCUGACAAAUUGUUACAAGCUUUAACCACACUUAAUUGUUGCACAUUAUUUCAACACGCUGAUAUCAAGCUGCUCCAAGCAUGUUGACAAAUUGUCACAGGACUGCAAUAGACUUAAACCUUCAAAGGGUCUAUUCUAAUCUUACAACGUUAAUUCUCAUACAGCGGACUGCAGGGAUCCAGGAACACCGCCAAAUGGUUACAGACGCGGAACUUCGUUAAAGUAUAAAUCUGUGGUACAUUACACUUGCGCUCGAGGCCAUGUUAUAAGCGGACAUUCCUCGACUCAAUGCAAAGCUGACGGGACAUGGAGCAAUCCGGUACCAACAUGUGAGUAGAUUUCUUAAAGGUGCAGUCAGCCUUUUGAAUGAUGGCUUUUAAGGCGCAUUGCAACCAUUUUAAUGGACCUAUUACCUAAUGAACAAAAUUUUGAUCUAGACAAGUCUAGACAAACAUUUCAUCACAGCUUGAAAGAACAUCACAAAAUUAUUAAUAUUCCGAAGUUUCGUUGCGAAAUGUUGUAAAAUGCGGAUAAUAUAGCCCUGCGAAGUUUGACGUUUUUCACUCAUUUUGUAUUACGCACGGGAAAUUGAUGCCUUUUUUCAGAAAGCGUCCAUUGAAAAACUAGUAGGAAAAUCAAUUAAGCAUAAUUCAAAAUCAGUGAUCUCAAUGUUUUUAACAUUUUGAAUGUUAAAAACAUUGAGUUCACUGAUCUGGAAUUAUGCUUAAUGUCGUAAUUCAUUAUAUCGUAUUAUGUCGUAAUUCAUUCCCUUGCUCAAACUCUUUAAUAAGUUCAGCUCGUGUACGAAUGAUGGCUUUACAUUCUUAAUUCAGGUCAUUCCGUCACAAAUGUGAGACUGGUCGGCUCUGGUUAUAGAUACAAAGGACGAGUCGAGAUCUACCAUCCGUCGUAUGGCUGGGGAACGGUCUGUGAUGACAGCUGGGGGCUGCGAGAUGCAAAUGUCGUUUGUCGUCAGUUGGGGUACAGUGGGGCAAGGGCCGCCCCUCAAGGAGCACGUUAUGGUCAAGGGCGGGGGCCUAUUCUCCUGGAUGACGUGGGGUGCAAUGGAUCGGAGGCCUACCUAUGGAGUUGCCCCAGCAGCGGUUGGGCAUCGCACAAUUGCGGCCAUGGAGAAGACGCCAGUGCUGAAUGUUAUUAAUACUUGGACCGAAUAAAGGAAAAUGAUUACGGGACUCUAGUAUUUUAAGUGAUUGUGUAUCACUUUGUAGGAAAAUUGUGAUUUAGUUUGGGUUCUAGAAUAUUUGAAUAAAGAAUGAAGCAUUGAAGUACUGUUGUGUUGUGUGUUGUUGUGCUCUGGAUAUACAUAUAAAUGAAAACUUCAUUUCAAUUG